AUGAUCCAUAUGUUUUAUAUGGUUCCUUCGUAUAACGAGACCUUAUCUGAUGACGUCUGUGCGGCAGUGGUUGAUGCCAUUCGAGCCGGUCUGGAAAAACACCUUCCAACUUUGGAGACGGCCAUGUUCUCGCUCUCAAUUCUGAAGGAAGAGAUGCACAAAAAUGCCACCUUCACAAUCCCCUACAUUCCUCUGACUGUAUUCUUGCUCAUCACCUUCUCUGUGGGAUCUUGG